CUCUUUUCUGUGUGGUUUGGAAACACUCAUUGUUUCUAGUUUGAUGUGGGACAGAAUGAAUAGAUAGCACUUCACUGUUGUAGAGUCAACCAGUGGUGGCCAGUUAUGAACAGCUACACACACUGUUUUUGUUCCUGUCCUGUUGUUUGGUAAAAAUUGGGGCAGUUACCUGAACUUGAAGAAAUAAGUUAAGAUUUAGAACAGUUAAUACUGUCUCAAAGUUGAACUGGAAUUUAGCUUGCAAAGACCUAACUGUUGCAGGCUUCGUUGUUAAUACUCUUUGACUACAUUUUGAUGUAGCUUCACCAGAAUGCCCUGAAUAAUGGGUUUGUCUUAAAUAUACAGCUUUUCUGUAGUUCUGCAGCUUGCAUGAUUGUCUGGAAAGAAGACAUAAUGACUAAAAUUUGUGGUCAUUGUGUCAAUGUCAGCAUACCCUUAUUACAGUGCUAAUUAUUUUCACUUAAAUGUGCCUUAAAUGUAUUUGUUUCCUUUUAGUUGUUGACCGUGUCUUACAAAGUUGCUUGACACAUGUGUAACAUUGUGUUGUUUUUGACAGAAACGUCUUUUCUUGAAGGUAUCUGCUGGAAUUCUUGGUAAACUGAAACUCCAAAAAUGAUGACCUGCUUGUUGGCAAGUUACAGGAGAAGCACAUACAAGGCUACUAAAUAAGGACUGUGGUAUGAGGGUUUCGUCAGAUAAACUUUGCAAAAGAACAACUUACCUGAAGGCUGUUAUAUUAAAUUAUUGAACUCUACACUGUGUGACCUCCCCUAAUGCCCCAGAACUCCUGCACAUGAAAUGCUUCAAAAGAAGGAACUGCUGUGGCUUGUUUGCAACUGAAGUGAAUUACAUUGGACAGAAAAGAAAAUAUGACAUCUAUGUUUUUGCUCAUUGGUCAUCUCAUUGUACUGAUACCUCUCUUCAGUGCUGAAGGGUGUGUUAUUUGUAAUUACUUUGUGCUUGUUGGAGAGCCUACAUCUAUUACUUGCCCAAUAAUUACAUUGCCAGUGCUUCACUCUGAUUACAAUUUGACGUGGUAUAAAAAUGGUAGUGCUACACCAGUGACCACAGAGAGAGAUGCCAGGAUCCACCAGCGAGAGGGCUUGCUUUGGUUUAUUCCUGCAAUGCUGGAAGAUUCUGGAAUUUAUGAAUGCAGUGUAAGGAGCCUUAACCACUCUAACAAAAAAACUAUAAAGUUAACAGUUUUUAAGAAUGAUAAUGGUUUGUGUUUUAAUGGAAAAAUGAAGUUUGAACAAAAAGUGAUGAGCACAAAAACUGGAAAAAUUAUAUGCCCUGAUCUAGAACAAUUUAAAGAUGAAGACAAUAAUCAGCCUGAAGUACAUUGGUAUAAGGAGUGUAAACCUGGAUUUCUUGAAGACAAGCGACUUCUUUUGGCAGAGGGUGAAAAUGCUGUCUUGAUUCGUAAUGUAACUGUGCAAGACAGAGGAAACUACACGUGCCAUAUGGUAUACACAUAUAUGGGAAAACAAUAUAAUGUUUCAAGAACCAUAAAGCUAGAGGUUAAAGAAAAACCACUGCAGAUGCAACCAGAGUUUAUUUAUCCAAGGAACAAUACAAUUGAAGUAGAACUUGGUAAGUAGUAACUAUUUAAGAGAUCAUUAACUUUAAGUGAAACAAAUAAGCUCCUGGUCUUUACAAAAUGAUAUGUGAACAGUUCCACAGAUUUCAGUGGGACUGAAGUUUGUGGAUUGAAGAGAAUAUCUGGACAACAGAGGAUAGAUAAUAGAAUGUGAUUUCCCAGAAAUAAGUU